GUUAGAGAGCUCCAUCGCCUGUUUUGGACCCAGAAGAACCUGAUGCGAGAACUUUACACGAGAGACCGAGCGAAGUCGGGUUUGACGAAGGAAGGCAAUGCGGUUUGUUUGGAGGAGGUUAAUGGGAAAUUUGUUGAAGCUAGCGGGACCAGAUGCGGGGGUUUUAAUUUAGAACUUCCUGCAGAUGUUUAUGUUGAGGAUUCUGCGAAGAACCCCGUCAAGGAGAAGGGAGGGUGUAUGGUACCCCUUUCGGAUAAAGGGAAGAACUUGUAUUGCUACGAGGUUAUUGAUUUGGAGGAGCCUACUGAGAUGGAGUCUCAGAUAGAGCCUCCUACCGGAAAUUGUGGCCUGGUGGAUGGUUCUACACUGCACAUUGCAUCCGAUAUGGCUUCGUCUAGCCAGGUUCAGAAUGGGUCUGGCUUUGUGCCUUCUUCGUCGAGAAAGCAGUCUGAUUUCGUGCCGGAUUUGAACCUUUUGCUUGAUGGUUGUAGUGAGAGAUGGGGGGAGCGUAAGGAUGAUCAUUCUGGUGCUGGAGGUAGUGAAUCAAGUGUUCCCGGUCUUGUGAAUACAUCUACUAACUCAACCCAUAAACAAGAACCUAAUUCAUCCAAACCAAUCCUUAUUGACCUUAAUAUUCCUCAAGAUGAUGAAUCUUCUCAUUCUCUCAAUGAUCCUACACUUACAUAUUCAUCUCCAUCCUCAACCUCAUCCAUAGUCCAAAAGAGCACCAACUGGUUAUUUCCUCUCUGCCAAGAUUCACAGAGGUCAAAUAUUUCAGAUUUCGAUCAAAUUCAGGCAUCCAACUCCACAGGCAUAACUGAAUGCUGUAGAAAAUCAGCAGAAGGCUUCUCUAGUGAUUCUAAUGGAGAAUUACCAAAUGAUGCAGGAAGAACGGCCCUUUCAUCUGAAGACGUCAAUGUACCUCAAGAUGGACGCAAUGAAAAAUCUCUCUCUGGAAUCAAAUCCAAUGAUCUUAAUGAAAGCACUGAAUGCAGUUCGAAAAUUGUGGAGGAAGUUUCUGGAACUACACAAUUAGAUAACAUGGCUGUUGAAAGUUCACUAGAGAAAACAUUCUAUAACGAACAUCAACAUGAUCAAGAUCGUGCAGUUGUUAAUGCUGCGGAGAUACUUUCUGGUAUUUGUUUAGCCUCAUCAUCGGCAUCCCCAAUUAAGCAAUAUGAUACCACUGAGAAUAAGAAAGAUGAACCUCAAUACUCCACUGAUACUUUUGAGACAAUGACACUAGAGCUACCCGAGGUUAUAAGCAACGAUCACUUAACACAAAUGAUAGAGGUGGAGGAAAAUGCUGGAGACAAUGCAACCAGGGUUCACAAGCUAAAAAGGGGGAGAGGGAGGAUUCGAGAUUUCCAAAAGGAAAUCUUGCCAGGUAUGAUUUCUCUUUCGAGGCAUGAAAUUUGUGAAGACAUGCACAGUAUUGGGUAUGAGCUCAGAAAGAAUGGGUCCAGGCGAGCUAACGGGUUGAAAUGGUUCAGACCUGUUAGGAGAAGGCGAUCAAGGCGUUGAGAGCUUUUGUGUAUACAGUAUAACAGGGAGAAACAUAACAUAAAGAUAACUGAUAUAUUUACUAGACUUCCAUCUUUAGGUUCUUACAUCCAAAAUCAUGUAGCUUUAUUGGGUACUUUUAUUUGGGGAUUCUAAUGAAUUGGAGAUAUUUUGGGAUGGUUUCCUUGUUUAUUUGUUAGUUAAUGUGGAUGAAGUUGUUAUGUUUGUGAUUGGAGAAAUAGGUGGAAAAUAACUUGAGAAAUACAUGGUCAAGGAAAACUAAA